AUCGACUGCGCAGUACGACCCGUCGAAAAGAACAAAAUUUCUUAUCGAUAUCUACCAACCCUCUCGCAUUAUUGCACAUAAAAUUCUUGAUUCCCACUUCAAUGAUUCAUCUCUGUUCGGCAUACCUCUCUGUCUUCGCCAUGAAGAUCAAGCUUCGCGUUUUUCAGCCGCCAAACUUUUCCCAGCGAAAAGUAUCGACAGCCGCCUUUCUCGUCCUCCUUCCCAUAUCACUCAUCGCCCUCAUCUUCUUCGUCGUCUACCCUGGCGACCUCAGCCUCCAGUCCCUCUUCGCGCCGCCAAGCGCCUGCUUGCCGAGUUCCCUCGCCAACGUAACGUCGUCGGAGGCGGAGCUCCGCAUCCUCCUCGGCGUCCUCACUGUAGCCGACGCCUACCAGCGCCGCGAUCUCAUCCGCCGCGCCUACCUCCUCCAGCAACCCCGCCUCGCCGCCUCGCGCGUCGACGUUCGCUUCAUCCUCUGCCGCCUCACCACCGAGGAGCAGAGGACGUUUGUGGCCAUGGAGAUCAUGCUCUACGACGACGUGAUCAUCCUCGACUGCGCCGAGAACGUCAACGAGGGGAAGACCUACGAUUACCUAUCCAGCCUGCCCCGGAUCCUGGACGCCGGAGGGCGGCGGCCUCCGUACGACUACGUGGUGAAGACGGACGACGACACCUACUACCUGAUCGACAAAUUGUCGGAAACGCUGCGGGGACUGCCGCGGGUGGACGUGUACCUCGGGAUGCGCGUGCCAUGCCGGAGCACAGGGUCGGAGGGCGGGUUCAUGUCGGGGAUGGGGUACGCGCUGUCAUGGGACUUGGUGGAGUGGGUGGCGGCGUCGGAACUGGCGCGGCAGAAGAGAUUGGGGCCGGAGGAUAUCAUGGUGGGGGUGUGGCUGAACGAGGGCGGACGGGGAAAGAACCGGAUCAAUAUGAUGCCGAGGAUGUACGACUACCCGGGUGGGCCGGAAACCUGCUUUCGGCACGGGUUUGUGCCGGAUAGCGUCGCCGUGCACAAGCUGAAGGACAACUCCAAGUGGGCGACGACGCUGCAGUACUUCAAUGUGACGCAGGGUCUGAAGAAAUCGAAGCUUUACUUCAUUGACUGAGGGAUCUCCUUAUUUAAUUAAUAUAUAUUCGAUUCCUUAAUUUUAAAGUCCAGGAUUUUCGGCUGUCCGGUAAGACAAAUGAUUGAAGCAAACGAAUUUACCAUUAUAUUCUAUGCGAAGAUUUAUUCUA